AUGGAAGAAAUUGUUAAUCGAUUAGGUAUUAUGGAUUCAAUGUUAAAACAAACAGAUAAUUAUAGUACCAUUGAAAAUAUAGUGCCGUUAGACAAUCAUAUUUUAAAAAUGAUUACUGAGAUUCUCAUUGAUGCUGAAAAUCUUCCAAAUGAUAAUAUUUUAAAGUUUCUAUUACAUCCAAGUUUUGAUUUAAUUCACUUUUUAGUUUGGCGUCUUUUCUAUCGAUGGUAUAAACAAAGAGAUCACAAAUUAUCAGAUGUUGAAACUAAUUAUCUCAAACAAGCUAUUGUAUUUAAUAUGAAACUUGUAGUUCUUGUCGAUGAACAGGCAGCUACUACUGACGUUGAACGUUUAACAAACUUAUUAUUGAAUAAAAACUAUUUUCAAUUAUUAUUUUCAAUACUAAAUAAAGUAAAUAAAUCAGAUCGUCUUCAUUUUGAUAGUGGUCUAUUAAUUAUUGGCCAGUGGAUUGAACUAAUAUCUCAUUUUGAACAUGAACAUCCAAAACAUUCGAAUAGUGAAUGUUUGAUGCUAUUAAAUACGAAAAUUAAAGAGCUUAUGUUUGGUUCAUGGUAUCAAACAUAUAUUGAAGAUAUGAUUAAGUAUACUGGUUCAAGUUUUAUAUGGAAAUCAGGUUAUGAGUUUUUUAUAGGAACAUGUUCAUUUUCAAUGUCAAAUCAUAUACGUAAUGUUAAUGAUUUUGACGCAAAACCGGUACUUGAACACUUUUAUUCACUCUAUUACAGUUCAUUCAUAACUGUGUAUUCAAAAUAUGUUAAUCAAUGGUCAAAUGAAAUAGUGCAUUGCCUAAUGGGAAUAAUAAGUUUUAUAACACAUUGUUGUCUUAAUAUCAAAUCAACUGAAGUAUUAAAAAAUGAUAAGCAAGUCUUUCAUUCUCUUUUCAGUAUAGUUACCGAAAAAAAAUUACAUGAAUCAAUUAUUUCAACAUGGACAAAUAAUGAAACAAUAUUAAUUGAUUUAAUUGCUGUUCUAUUUUGUAUAUGUUGUGAUGAUACUGAUAUAUUACGCUUUUUUACUCAUGAUAUACCAUUAAUUGCCCAACGAGUAUAUCCAUUAACGGAAGUUAAAUAUGAUCGUACAAGAUUAACAGCAUAUUUAUUAUUAGCCUAUGUAUCUACCGAAGAUGAUUUAUUAAAAUUAAAAAUGAAUGAUACAACAAUACAGAUAUAUUUUCGAUUAUUAGAAGCAGCUUUUCAUAGUCCAACACGUUCAUUUAGGAGUGUGCCAAUUGAAAUAUUUUUAAAAGGUUUAUUAGCAUUUUCUAUACAUGACGUUGUUCAAGUUGAGAUAGCUAAAUCAAAUAAAGUUCCUUUAUUAAUUGAAAUAGCCAAAUUUCAUCCAUUAGCCUAUGAUAUAUUAUGGACAUUAUCAUUUCAUGUAUUAAUACAACAACAAUUGGAAACUAAUAAAGAAUUUAUUGAUACAUUGAUCAAUGUGCGAGAAACAGCGGAUGGACAAGCAAAUAUCAAAGCUGCAUCAGGUAUAUUAUGGAAUUUAAAUUAUACUUUUGAAAAUACUUCAAGUCCAGCAGUGAAGAAUGAUAUGAACGUAUCAAGAACAAACUUUUUGUCCAUUAAGAAUUUAACCAUACUAUCAAAUCAAUUAAACUUAGAUAAAACAACGACUGCAAAUCUUAUUGACAAAACCGGACCAACGUCACCUAAUCAGUCUAAUGGUUUUCACUUUGAUAUGAUGAUAAGUUAUUCACAUGAUAAUACAGAUAUAUGUCAUCGUAUAUAUGAUACUUUAAUUGGAAAUGGCUAUACAGUUUGGGUUGAUUUUAAUUAUAUGAGAGGAAAUGUAAUGGAAGCAAUGGCUGAAGCCAUUGAGUCAACCGAUUGUCUUCUACUUUUAAUUUGUGAUAAUUAUAAGCGUAGUAAUUAUUGUCGUGCUGAAGCAUUAUAUGCAUAUUCAAGACAAGUAACAUUAAUACCAUUAUUAAUGCAAAAGAAAUAUAAAGCUGAUGGUUGGCUUGGUUUAAUGUUAUCGCAGUUGAUAUAUAUUGAUUUUACUAAAUAUGAAUUUAAUUUAGCAUUUGACAAAUUGAAAGCAGAAUUAUUCAGUAUGAAUAAGAAACCGAGAGCUCAUUUCUCGUCUGCACAAAAAUUACCGUCACCACCGCCAGAGAAAAAAAUUACUGAAUCAAUAGUUCCAUCUAGUUUUGUCACUGUCAAUAAUAGCACACAACAAACACCUGUGGUAUUGUCGUCACAUAAUAGCGAUUAUCUUAAGAAACCGAUUAAUCAAUGGUUGGCAUCUGAUAUAAAUCAUUGGUGUCAAGAAAAACACUUGAAUACAUUUCUGAAUGUAUUACAGCAUUAUGAUGGAUAUGCUUUAAUCAAAUUAUAUGAACUAUCUAAAUUAAAUUAUAUGUCAAUGAUAAAUGUAUUACAAACUGAUUGUAAAAAGCUACAUUAUGAUUUGUCUGUAUUUGAAUACAUCAGAUUUUUAAGCGAAUUUGAAAAAUUAUCUUUCACACAUCAUUCUGAGGCCAAAAUAGACAAUGAAUUAGAAAAUAGCAAAGCUGAAUAA